UUUAGGCCUCCCAGGCCCCUGCCCUGUCUGACUGACCCCUUCAUCUCUCCAUCUGCUGCCAGGUCCAGUGGAGUCCCAGGAGCAGCCAGGACGGGUGGACGUGUAGUUGCCAUGGAUGAGGAGAAGCUCCCUUCUGCACUGCCUGGGGAAGGUGCUGCUGUCUGGGACCCCAGCCUGGAGCCUGAGGCCAAAGGAUCUUUUGAGGAGGAGCCCAGGGUCCAGAAUGGAUUGGCAGCUGGUGAGGGCCUGAACAGCUGCCACAACAGCCCAAAGCAUGAGAUGAGAAGUACCCCGGUGGGCACUGAGAAGCCCAAAAAGUGCCCAGACAUGGCCCUCCAUGGCCUCAGCCUUGGCCUCUCCCUCUCCAAUGGCCUAACCCUGGGCUCAGACUCGAACAUUCUGGAAGAUGCAGUGGACUCCAGGCCCUGGAGGGCUGGUGGGCUGGCAGAGGGGGACAAUGCCUCCAGGAGUCUCUGCCCAGACACUGACUACCCUCAGCUAGGGCUGGGUGGCCCUGGGGAGCCAGAUGUGCGAGAUGGUUUCAGCGCCACAUUUGAGAAGAUUGUGGAGUCGGAGCUGCUGCGGGGCACCCAGUAUAGCAGCCUCGACUCCCUGGACGUGCUGAGCCUCACAGACGAGAGUGACAGCUGUGUCAGCUUCGAGGCCCCCCUCACGCCCCUCAUCCAGCAGCGGGCUCGUGAUAGCCCAGAGCCAGGGGCUGGGCUGGGCAUUGGGGACAUGGAGCCUGAGGGGGACAUGGGAGCAGCUGGUGGUGACGGGGAGCUGGGUAGCCCCCUGCGCCGUUCCAUCUCCAGCAGCCGCUCCGAGAAUGUCCUGAGCCACUUGUCUCUCCCAGUCAUGCCCAAUGGCUUCCAUGAGGAUGGACCUCAGGGUCCAGGUGGGGACGAGGAUGAUGAAGAGGACACAGACAAGUUGCUGAACUCAGCCAGUGACCCCAGCCUAAAGGACGGCCUGUCGGACUCAGACUCAGAGCUGAGCAGCUCAGAGGGCCUGGAGCCGGGCAGCACGGACCCACUGACCAAUGGGUGCCAGGGGGUCAGCGAAGCUGCUCGCCGGCUGGCACGCCGCCUCUACCACCUCGAGGGCUUCCAGCGCUGCGAUGUGGCCCGGCAGCUGGGCAAGAACAACGAGUUCAGCAGGCUGGUGGCUGGAGAGUACCUCAGUUUCUUCGACUUCUCGGGCCUGACUCUGGACCGAGCGCUCAGGGCCUUUCUGAAGGCCUUCCCACUGAUGGGGGAGACUCAGGAGCGAGAGCGAGUCCUGACACACUUCUCCCGCCGGUAUUGCCAGUGCAACCCCGAGGACAGCACCUCAGAAGAUGGGAUCCACACGCUCACCUGUGCCCUGAUGCUGCUCAACACGGACCUGCACGGACAUAAUAUUGGCAAAAAGAUGUCCUGCCAGCAAUUCAUUGCCAACUUGGACCGCCUGAAUGACGGGCAAGACUUUGCCAAAGACCUAUUGAAGACACUUUACAACUCCAUCAAGAAUGAGAAGCUGGAAUGGGCCAUUGAUGAGGACGAGCUGAGGAAAUCACUGUCUGAGCUGGUGGAUGACAAGUUUGGGACAGGCACAAAGAAGGUGACAAGGAUCCUGGAUGGUGGCAACCCCUUUCUGGAUGUCCCACAGGCUCUCAGCGCCACCACCUACAAGCAUGGUGUGCUGACCCGGAAGACUCACGCUGACAUGGAUGGCAAGAGGACGCCCCGAGGGAGGCGUGGCUGGAAGAAAUUCUACGCGGUGCUCAAAGGGACCAUCCUGUAUCUGCAGAAGGAUGAGUACAGGCCUGACAAGGCCCUGUCGGAGGGCGACUUGAAGAACGCCAUCCGUGUGCAUCAUGCUCUGGCCACCAGAGCCUCCGACUACAGCAAGAAGUCCAACGUGCUCAAGCUGAAGACGGCUGACUGGAGGGUCUUCCUUUUCCAGGCACCGAGCAAGGAAGAAAUGCUGUCCUGGAUCCUUAGGAUCAACCUGGUGGCUGCCAUCUUCUCGGCCCCUGCCUUCCCAGCUGCUGUCAGCUCCAUGAAGAAAUUCUGUCGGCCCUUGCUGCCCUCCUGCACCACUCGCCUCUGCCAGGAGGAGCAGCUGCGGUCUCAUGAGAAAAAGUUGAGGCAAGUGACUGCAGAGCUGGCUGAGCAUAGGUGUCACCCAGUCGAGCGCAGCAUCAAGUCCAAGGAGGCGGAGGAGUACCGGCUGAAGGAGCACUAUCUCGUGUUUGAGAAAAGCCGUUAUGAGACCUAUAUCUACCUCCUGGCUGUGAAAAUCAAAGUGGGCUCAGAUGACUUGGAGCGGAUUGAGGCCCGGCUGGCCACCCUGGAAGGGGAUGACCCUUCUCUCCGGAAGACACACUCUAGUCCUGCCCUCAGCCAGGGUCAUGGACCUGUGACCAGCAGCAAAGUUAUGAAGGAUGCCACUGGGCCUGACACUUAGCUGGCGUGAAUGAUCAGGCCCUGGAGGCAGACAAAUGCCUCCACAGGGGUCAGUGAGCACAAUUCCAGCCAGAAGCCUCUCAGACCAAGCCCCGGGCAGUUGACAGGCAGCCAGAGGGGUGUGGAGAGCCCUGUGGGCCAAGAGGCUGGAGAUGCCAUUCAUGGCGACGAUCUUCCAUGCUGGAGCAUCUCUGGGCCUUGAACUCUCUUUCCAGCCCUUGCUUCCCUCUCCACUGUGGAGCCUCAUUUUGUAGGCCAGUUACGUGCAUGCCCUAGACACCAUCUCACUGGAAAAGCUGGAAGGCCUCUUGUCUUCCCAGGCCCUCCUCUUCUCAUCAUUCCUCCCCUCUGUUUCUGAGGGCAGCUCUUGGCUCCAGGUCCUGGUUUGGACACCCACCCUUUCUCUGCCUCCUUCCUCUGAGAUGAUCAGCAGCGGGUCUGCAGACCACCAGCACCAUCGUCUCCUUUUCCUCCUCCUCUCGACUUCUGGAACCAUGCCCAGUCCUCCUGACUCCUCACUUCGCAAUAACCCAGGACCUGGGCCCGCCCCCUCUCAGCACCAAGUUGUUUCAACCCGUGUGUGUGUACACCUUCCAUGCCAUCCAUUGAGGCCACUACUGCUUUCUUUUUAUAUGGAUAUAAAUGUACAUAUAUAAGAAUUAUAUAUAUGAGGACCCCCUUUAAAGAUGGUUUUAGAACUGACAUCAGUUAACAAGAAUGAAAUAAGAUGAAGGAAACUCCGAUUUCCAAGGUCCGCCAAUUAACAAAUAGGCUGGCAUCUGGCCCCCAGUUGGCCCUGACACUCUGGAAGGGAAGGUGGAGAUGUUGGGACCUCCCCACAACCUGUUUUUCUCUCUUCUGGCUGACCUUUGACUUACACUGCUCUUACAGUCGAUGCUUUUGGAAUAAAUAGAGCGUGCGUGCUGCCCCAUCUGUCCCACAGGGGUCCUGGAGAGUGAAUGGAAUGGGACCAAGGCCCUGUUUAUAUUUUGGUCUUUAUGUUGGUGCUGCCAGGCCUCUGAGCUCCAGAGGGGGCAUCUUCUACAGACCUACUGCUACAGGAAUAGACACUCUGCCUUGCAGAUAGCCACUUGUCGACAAACCUAAAGAUGCCUGGAGGGGGAAGGUUAUAGAAGCCAUGAGCUCUUGGUCUUGAGAAAAGGCAGAAUGACAGUUUGCUCACUGUUAUUAGGUUGAUAUUUCUUUCACUCUUCUAGUGAAUCAGAAAUGCCUAGUUAAGAACAUGUUUGGGAAGAAUAGAAAAAUUUGCCAUGUGACGAUCACCCUAUUAAUUAGCAUCCUUUAAACCCUGUAUUUCUUUGACAAGUGGGUGGAGGGUGAUGGUACCCUCAAUACAACCACGAUGAGCAAAUCCUUUCUAUUUUUUAAAUAGAGAUUAUUGUAGUCGGUCCAGCAAUUUGACCUCAAUGUUAACAUAUUUAGUUAAUAAAAUAAGCUAACCUUGCAACUAAGUGUCCAACAUUUACAAGCCCACUCAGAUUUGAUGCAAGGGAUGUGAGUCCAUGGAGAGAGCUAGUGAUUUAAGUCCAGAUGACUUCACUUAUAAUCAGCUGAAGUGUGUUCUAUAUUCAAACCAUCUGGCCCCUUCGUUUUGCUCAGGGGAAGUAAAUGUUCAUUUAAAUGGAACUGAGAAAGCAAAUAUGGCAACAUAAAAGAGCUCUGGGUACUUUCUCCAUGCUGUCUCAAAGGUCCUUCACAUUUUGGGGUCAGUGUCCCACCCUCCGUUUCAUGACGGUGGUGAGAACAGAGGAGCAAGCUCCAGCAGCUGCGGACAAACACGCUUCCCCGAGCACUGGUUGUGCCUCCCAUUGGUAAAGAACAAUUUUAGCUCAUAUUCAUAAUGCGUAUACUUAUUUAUUUGUAAAUUAUAUACAUGUACUACUGUACUAAAAUACUAUGUACAUUAUAAAAAUACACAAAAAUAGAAAUUUAAAAAGGACGAGAUGAAAAUAAAUCUAAAUCAAAGUUCUAAGAUUUUCUUCCUGCAUUCUAAUGGGUCAUCCAUCAUGUCCCCCUCACAACCUCUGCCCCUGACAUACCUGUUCUCUAAAAAAAAAAAAAA